AUGACUCGUUUCGAGUUAGUGACACGACUUGUCACUGUUGUAACGAUAUUGCUAAACUUUUUUGUUUACUUCUAUCCUGAUCUACUCAACCAACAGGGCCAAUGUGACUGGCACCAAUUUGACCUGGAGCCAACCACAAGGCUCACUGCCACUCUUCCCUGGCUCAGCCAGUUGCCCCAACUGUGGACUGACAAGAUCCUUUUGAACUUCCCCCUGUUACGAGACAAAUCUGAAACAGAUACUGAAUCUAUUUAUGAUAUCCAUAUGCUAGCUUUUGGAGAUCCUCAGAUCAAUGGUAACUGGCCCAGUACUCCAUAUAUCAAGCGCUUGGAUAACUACGGAAACGACUACUAUUUGGGGCAUAUAUAUAAGACGAUGAAGAACCGGUUAAGACCUAGUCAUGUGGCCGUUAUGGGAGACUUGUUUCUGUCACAGUGGAUCUUAGAUUCCGAAUUCUACAACAGAACCCGUAGAUUUACAGAGAGAUUAUUCCCAGUGCCUAUCGAAUUCAAGAGGAAUGUAGUAGAGACCUUCGAAAAGCAUCAGAACUACGAUUGGGUUGGCUGGCUUGAUAAAGAAGUGGCUAUGGAUCCUCAGGAUCGAUUCAAUUCCAGAGUGUAUAAUGAUGUCUACAACUGGUUCAAUCGUUCUGAUAAGUUUCCCAACUACGAAAAUCCGCUCUUUAUCAACUUGACAGGGAAUCAUGAUAUAGGAUAUAGUGGAGAUGCCACUUGGCAACACAUGGCUCGUUUCCACCAUCUUUUCGGCCAGAACAACUACGUAAUCAACUAUAACAAGGGAACCCCAGAAGAAUGGAGACUUGUAGUGUUAGACUCCAUGACAUUGGAAGGCCCAGCAUUGCAAGAAGAAUUUGUCAAUUACACUUGGUCUUUUUUAAACCACUUGGCUGAUAAGGAGAAUCCUGGUUUUUCUGGCUCUACCAUUCUUUUAACUCAUAUACCCUUCUAUAAAAAAGAAGGCUUAUGUCGCGAUGGACCAGAACAUAUCUACUACGAAAACUAUGAAAAAGAACCAUACAAGAAUGGUAAAUUGAGAUCACAGAACCAUUUGUCCUACGAUGUGUCUCAGAAAGUGUUGAGCAUAGUCUUUCCCAAUAAGGAUAAGGCAGGCAUUGUAUUGACUGGCCAUGAUCAUGAAGGCUGUGACGAUUGGUACAACUUGGUUGAUGGUGAAUGGGUAGCUUCUAAAGAGCAAACCAAUGCAGAAAGAGAACCCGUCAGGGAGAUUGUGGUCAGAUCGAUGAUGGGAGAUUUUGAUGGCCAAACAGGAAUUCUAACUGGUCACUUUGACUAUCCUUCGCACAAUUGGCAAUUUGAGUUCACCUACUGUUCGUUUACAGUACAGCACUGGUGGUGGGCCAGUAAAGUGACUGUUUUUUUGACUAUCCUUCUUCAAUCUAUCCGGUUUCUCAUCUAG